AGUGUUGAACUCGCUUUCUUUGCAGCAGAGAAGAAGAGUAGCAGCUGUAGCAAGCACGUUUAGAGACCAGCAGCAGUUCGUUAUAGUUCCAACCCGGUUUUCUGGUUCUCUUUAACUCUAAACAUGAACGGACUAAACGAGGAGUCAAUGUCACCUCAAACCUUCCUUUACGGUUGUGUCUUGGAAGCUGGAAAAGAGGUGGUCUUCAAUCCUGACGACGAUGGGUUCGAGCAUCAGUUAGAUCUAAGGAUGGCUUGUGUGGACCCCGGCACAAAAGCUCAGCUUCACACGGUGGAGGUGGAAGGACAAGACUCUGAGGGUCAGAAAGUCAAAGCAGUGCUCGCUGCACUCAUGCCCUCCACGUUGCCAAGUGUAUGUCUCGGUGGAUUCACAAUUACACCCCCGGCAGUGUUUCGUCUAAAGGCAGGUCCAGGCCCGGUCCACAUCAGUGGGCAGCACCUCGUCAUGAUGGAGCCUGAUCAGUCUUUUGAUGAAGAGGACGACAACGAGGAAGACGAAGAGGAGGAAAUCCAAACGUCAAAGAAAAGACCUGCUUCAUCCCCUGCCCCAAAACCUCAGAAAAAAAUGAAGGUGGAAAUGGACGAAGACGAUGAGGAGGAUGAAGAAGAUGAGGAGGAUGAGGAUGAUGAAGAGGAUGAGGAGGAAAGUGAGGUCGAAGAAUCGCCUGUAAAGGCCAAAGCAACUCCGGCCAAAACAACUCCGGCCAAACAAAAGAACUCUCAAAACGGCAAGAGCUCAGCGCCCAGCACUCCGGCCCCAAAACAGGUCAAGACCCCCAAAGCCAAAGAUGAGAAGUCUCCUAAAACCCCAAGCCCCGAAGCAAAUUUGACACUUCCAGAGAUUAAAGCCAAGAUCAUGAUGGCAGUGAAAAAGGGUGUCUCAUUACCCAAAGUUCAGUCCAAGUUUGAGAACUUCUUGAAACACAGUCAGAAGAUCUCAGAUCCCAAGUUCUUCGCAGAGCUGUGGAAGUGGCGAGAGAGUAUGGCAGAGGACAAAUAACUGACUGUAGUUUUAACAUUUUAUGACUUGUCACCAUAGCAUCUCUGACAUUUUUGGAAACGUGACUGUUUCUCACCCUUUCACUGAAUCAACCUUGUGGAUGAGCUGGUGGUGGAUUGAAACGGUGCAGUGGCACACGUUCGUUCACCUCCACCACCUGCUCAUUUAGACAUUUGUUUAUUAAAAAGCUUAAACCUGAUGAAAACCUACAGCAAUGUACGAAAUGCUUCUUUUUUUUUUUUUUUUUUACCGUCCAGAUUGUCUUUAUUUUUUAGAAGCUAAAUAAACCUUUCAAUGAAACACCUAGAACGUUUCGGCUCCAGUUGACAUGAGUUUGUUUUGUGUCGUCACGUCCGGCAGGACAAAGGUUGUGUGCCUUCGAAGGCGUUGCUUCAGGGAGUUUGCAAAUAACAUGAUUCUUUUAGAGUCCAGUGUGAGCUCAAGUAGAGAGAAGGUUGAACUGAUGUGCUUAUUUGACUGGUUUAAGAUUCAAAUGUGAACAAGUGCCUGUUGAGAGAGAGCGUUGCAUAUUAUCAGACGUGUUAAUUUUUAGGAUUUUAAUAACUCUGUAGGUUUGAAGGCUCAGCCUGAACCGAUUCAACUCAGAUGAUGUGGAUCUGUGAGCUGUUCUGUUUCCCUGCAAACUGAAGGACAAAUGUACCGUUUUCAGGAUAUCUAUUUUGCUUUCCCUUUUUUAUUUGCAACAAUUUGUUAUUAAAACCUGAACUGUU